AUGGACGACCUUGAAACUCUACCCACCCGCCCACUCGGCAGACAAGGCCCUGUCGUUCCUCGCCUCGGAUUGGGAUUGAUGGGUGCCAGCGGCAUGUAUGGUAGUCCGGCUGGUGAUGAGGAGAGACUGUGCUUUUUGCGGAAGGCGUACGAGCGAGGAGAGCGAUUUUGGGAUACCGCCGAUGAGUAUGGCGACUCUGAGGACCUAAUUGGCAAAUGGUUCGCCGCCAAUCCCGAGACGCGCAAAGACAUCACCCUGGCCACUAAAUUCGGCAUCAAAAUGGGAGCUGGGGUGCCGGGAUUUUCCGUCGACUCGACGCCUGAGUACUGCCUACAGUCAAUUGAAAAGUCCCUCGCACGACUAGGAUUGCCUUUUGUCGAUAUUUACUACGUCCAUCGUUUGGAUAAAGUGACGCCAAUCGAGAAAACCAUGGAAGCGAUGGUUAGCCUCAAAACCGCCGGAAAGAUCCGGUACAUUGGACUGAGCGAGUGCAGCGCAGAUUCAUUGCGCCGUGCGCAUGCAGUACAUCCUGUUACAUGCGUGCAAGUUGAAUACAGUCUCUUCUGUAAGGACAUCGAGACGCCGCAGACGCGGCUCCUUGAAGUUGCCCGUGAGCUGGGUGUUGCGAUAGUUGCAUAUAGUCCCCUCGGCAAUGGGCUUUUGAGCGGUAAUAUCCGCUCGCGCGAGGAUGUUUCCAAGCCUGGAGAUUUCAGGGGAAUCUUGCCUUGGUUGGACGAGGAAAACAUUCAGCAGAACCUCGGGGUUCUGGACAGGAUCUCAGCAUCUGCGAGGUCCAUGAGUCUUACACCGGCGCAAUUGGCUCUUGCAUGGUUGCUUGCGCAGGGUGAUGAUAUCUUUCCUAUUCCAGGGACUUCUAACAUUCACCGAUUGGAAGAAAAUCUUGGUAGUCUUUUUGUUUCGUUGUCUCGGGACAAUGAGAGUGUUCUGCGUAAACUCUCAGCAGGCAUAGCGGGUGGAAGAUUCCAAGUGAAGUCGGGGUAUGCUUUUGCUGAUACACCAAAAUUGGAGUAG